UCCCAGUCUCGCAGACAGCUCCCUCUCCUUCCUCUCUCUCCGAAACACCAUGAUACAAUUAAGGACUUUAACUUUCACAUGUGUCGUGCUCCUGUGGACACUCUGUUCUGCGGCAAAGGUCGAAUACAUGGAAGCAAGAAAACUCAAGAGAGACAUUGUAAACCUUGAUGACUAUGGCUUCCAACAAGACAAAGACUCUGACUCGGCAUCUCCAGCAACCGCCGAGUUACCCACAUGUCUCCUGUGCGUUUGCCUGACUGGAUCAGUUUACUGUGAGGAGGUUUCCCCUGAAAUGUCAUCAGUUCCAGCGCUGCCAAAGGAAACGGCGUACCUCUACGCUCGCUUCAACAAAAUCACAAGAAUACGCAAUAAAGACUUUGCAGAUAUGGCCACAUUAAGGAGAAUCGACCUAACCGGGAAUCUCAUCACCGAGAUAGAAGACGGCGCCUUUUCCAGACUUCCUAAUCUGGAGGAGCUCACCCUCGCGGAUAACAGACUGACGAAACUCCCAAUGCUUCCCAACGGUCUGGUCACAUUCAAUGCCAAUUUCAACAGGCUUAAAACGCAGGGUGUAAAGGCAAACGCUUUCAAAAAACUCACAAGACUGGCUUAUCUUUACCUGGGAAACAAUGAACUGACAGGAGUGCCACACCUCCCAGAGUCUCUGCAUGUCGUGCACCUGCAUAACAACAAGAUCUCCACAAUAACAGAUGAGACGUUCUGCAAAGGUAACAACAGCUACUACAUCCGGAGCAACAUGGACCAGGUGAGGCUGGACGGGAACCCGGUGAAGCUGUCGCAGCACCCCAACAGCUUUGUGUGUCUGCAGACUCUUCCUGUCGGAUGGUACAACUGAGAGAUCACUCAAGCAUCCGUUAGACAGACGUAAACCUAGGGCUGGAGGUUCUGUGUUAACUGAAGGGUGCAAAAAGGGAAAAGAAAUACCAUUUAGAAAAUGCGGUUUUCAACUUAUCUUUUAUAUAUUUAAAUCUAACAGUAACAGUACAGUUCAACACAGUGUGGCCGGGACGGAAAAUAAAAAAAUAUGAUAAAAAAGAUCCAGUGUGUAACAUUUAGGAGGCAGAGAUUGAAUAUAUCAUCCACAACGGGCUGUUCACAUGCAACACAUGCAACAUCGCUUUGUAUCGCACAAAUACAUUCUUUUUGAAUGCAGCGAGUGCUUUUGUAAAACUCUGACAUAAUCUUUGAACCUCUCAUUAUCCUGAUAAGAAGCUAAUGAUAAUGACAUCCACAACACCCCAUUUUCAUUUAAAGCAUAAUUGAACACCAGAAGUUGCAGCUCAGUUUCAGAGGUGACACAUCAUGUGACGAUUCAGGCUGACUGGUCAUGUGCAGGGCCGGUGUAAACAGGAAGCUGGUGGUCAGAGAGUAUUACUAACAAGUAACAACAAUGGUAUUUAAACCACUGAUGAGGUGAAAGGAACGUGGGAACUUUUUGUUCACACCUGAUAGUGGAGCAGCUGAGGAAGUGAAUGUGUGUGUGCAACGGUCAUGAUUUAUUGCCUGUCCACACUAAAACACAGCGCCAGGGUUUUCUAAUGAGCCAGCAGCAUUCUUAAACUUUAUAACACGUGCAUUUUUUAAAGGAAAAUGUUGUAGUAUGGAUGUAGGCUAUGAUUCUGUCUUUAUUUGAUCUUAUUCUUGACUCAAAGCAUUAAUAAAUUCACUGAAGCUGCAGCAACCACGGUCAUUUAAAAAAAAAGACAUCGGCUUUUUUGACGUUGCAUGUGAAAGGCCACCCCAGGUGCUUUUGUAAAAUUGCUAAAAAAAAGAGUUUUGUUUUCCGUGCCCUAAAAUAAGAAGAAGUUAAAUAUGUACUCAAGCAGCAGUCUCAAGUAGGCCUAUGAGAAGAAACACGCCCAUGGGAAGACGCAAAAACACGCCCACUGGAUGCUGAUUUUUUCAGACUCAUGUUUUUCUGAGCAGGUUGUGACUGCAAAUAUGACUUUUCCAUUAUACAGUUCUACCUCGACUCGUCUUUUCCAUUAGCGAUAGUACCUGGUACUUAGCCGAGUCAAUACAGUAAAUGUCUAAAAUCUUAACGACAGCACUGACAAAAGACCGGAUCGUGAGCCAAAUCACUACCCGUUCAGACGUAUUUUACAGACAGAGUCUGUGCGCCGGUCAUGCAGGAAGUACUGAACUAAUCUUUUUGAUUAACUGAUUCUAGUGAUUCAAUUUCAACGAAAACAACUGGUUUGCCCGUCACAAGUUUGGGUGUUUGUGUCGCGUAUAGUCGCAGCAGUUUCACACAGACGAGCUACGACGGCCCCGCCCAUGUGGAGGAGGUACUAUGAAGAGAGUCGAGCUGAGCCAAUCCGUGCUUGAGCUGUAUAGUGGAAAAGCGCCAAUAGACUCUUCUAAGGUCUUCCAAAAGCAGCCUGAAUGGACAACCCUGACAGAGAGUAGAUUUCACGUUUAGAAGAGGAACAUCUUUUCUGGUAUGCGAAGGCCACCGUAGUUCCCCGAUGCACUGAGGAAAAGGAGUCCAUUAUCUGUCACUAAUUCUUACACACUAGACCUUUAAGGGGCGGGUGAGCUUGUGUUUUUUUAUUUUUUUUAUUGUCGUUUUAUCGUUUCCCGUCGGUUUUAUCCGCGAGUGCGAGACAAAUGUGUACAAAAACAUGGUCAAGAUGUCGAUGAAUACAAAGGCUCUUUUUGUAUUUCCAUGAGUAACAAAUACAGCUGAGACUGUUUUUACUUGGCAGGUGCUGUGGAUUUUUUAAACAUAUUGGAUUUGCUGUGAAAGCAAUGGUUAUUAUGAACAUAUGAGAUGUUUUGUCGCGGUCUUUGUUUUCAUCUCUCACAGAGUCAUAUUAAAGCUGCUGGGUUUUUUUUUUGUUUU